UUUGAGUCUCAAAUUCAUCAGAAAAUUUAUUUAUUUUCCUUUUUUACUUUCCGUUUCCAUAUUCUUCUUCUCCCCCCUCUAAAAUUUUCCUUCACUCGGAACUCCUGAAAUCCUGAGAUCUUCUUUCCGUGGGCGAAAUCUUCUCUGAUUCUCGUAAAUUGCAGUUUGAUCUACGGAAUUCCGUUGCUCGAUCGGACGGGAAAAUCAAAUCAGUGUGGCUUCAGGAGUCUGGAAAUUGAAGCGCAUGAGCUGGUUGGGGAAGCUGGGUCUGAACGUGAAUACGAAUUCCAACCACUUCGUUACUCGUCUUUUGAUCUUCAUCCUCCAUUACUCCCCUCAGUUACUCCCUCCGUCGCUUCAAUUUCAUAAUCGAUCGCUCCUCCCGCUGUUGUUUGAUCAUUUUAAUCUCCCUACUCCUGAAAUCACUCUCAUCGUUAAUUCAAGUGUAAUAUCGAAUACUCGUCAUGGAAUCCGGAGCCAAGAGUAAUUCCGAACUACGCAGAGAGAUUUGCUAUCCAAAUCCUCGGAAACGGCAGGUGAGAUCGCCGCCGUCUGUCAUAGUGAUCGGCGGUGGCAUGGCCGGAGUUGCGGCCGCCCGUGCUCUCCACGAUGCCUCUUUUCAGGUAACACUUUUGGAGUCACGAGACAGACUUGGCGGUCGUAUUCACACUGAUUAUUCCUUUGGUUUUCCUGUUGAUCUUGGAGCAUCAUGGUUGCACGGGGUGUGUGCAGAAAACCCAUUGGCCCCAUUGAUUGGCAGACUGGGAUUGCCCUUAUACCGAACUAGUGAGGAUAAUUCUGUGUUAUAUGACCAUGAUUUGGAAAGUUAUGCACUGUUUGAUAUGGAUGGGAGUCAAGUUCCUCCAGAGUUGGUAACAAAAGUCGGCGAAACAUUUGAAACCAUUUUGAAAGAGACAGAAACUAUAAGAGAGGAACAUAGUGAAGACAUGUCAAUUAUCAGAGCAAUCUCGAUUGUCUUUGAAAGAAGACCAGAAUUAAGGUUGGAGGGGCUUGCCCAUAAGGUUCUUCAAUGGUAUUUAUGCAGGAUGGAAGGAUGGUUUUCUGCAGAUGCCAAUACUAUUUCACUUAAAGGCUGGGAUCAGGAAGAACUGCUCCCUGGUGGACAUGGGCUUAUGGUCAGGGGCUACCUACCUGUUAUCAACACACUUGCUAAGGGUAUUGAUGUCCGCUUAGGUCAAAGGGUUACGAAAAUAUCGAGACAAUAUACCGGAGUGAAAGUAACUGUAGAAAAUGGAAAAACAUUCAGAGCUGAUGCUGCUAUUGUUGCUGUUCCUCUUGGGGUGCUUAAAGCAAAAGUCAUCAAGUUUGAGCCCAAGCUUCCAGACUGGAAGGAGGCAGCCAUUGCUGACCUUGGAGUAGGUCUUGAAAACAAAAUAAUCUUGCACUUCGAAAAUGCAUUUUGGCCAAAUGUGGAGUUCUUGGGAGUUGUUGCAGACACAUCACAGAACUGCAGCUACUUCCUCAAUCUCCACAAGGCCACAAGUCAACCUGUCCUUGUUUACAUGCCUUCUGGGCAGCUUGCUAGAGACAUUGAGAAGAUGUCUGAUGGAGAAGCUGCCAAUUUUGCUUUCAUGCAACUCAAGAAGGUUGUCCCUGAUGCACCAGCCCCGAUUCAGCAUCUAGUUUCGAGGUGGGGGUCAGAUGUCAACUCGCUUGGAUCCUACAGCUACGAUAAAGUAGGCAAACCCCAUGAUCUGUUCGAGAGGCUGCGAAUUCCUGUCGAUAACCUAUUCUUUGCUGGGGAGGCUACGAGUAUCAACUAUCCAGGAUCUGUGCAUGGCGCAUACUCAACUGGUCUGAUGGCUGCUGAAGACUGCAGGAUGCGCUUUCAAGAGCAUUAUGGGGAUUUGGAUUUGUUCCAGGCGGUCAUGGCGGAUGAGACUCCAUUAUCGGUCCCAUUGUUAAUUUCCCGAAUGUAAUCCUCUCCUCCCAAAAGACGUGGUCGUGAUUGUUACAUCAGAUUAUGUCCAGAAGAUGCAGCACAGAAAAUCCUUUAGCUAGAGGAUGGAACCGUGAUGUAUCUAGUAGUUUUAUGAAGCACAAAAUGGUGGGACUUGAUUGCAUCCUUCAGAUUUCUGAAACAGUGUGUGGUGUGGUUAUGCCUAUGGACUUGUAACUAUUACCUAAGCUUUGCUAUAAACACUUAUAAUGAAUAAAGCCUUUACUUAAAAAAA